AUGGAGGAGCGCAGGGAUAAGCUCCAAAAGAUUAUGACCCAGCCCAUUAAUCAAAUCUUUAGAUUUUUUACCAGUGGGACACGAGUUCAAAUUUGGCUCUACGACCAGCCAAACACGAGGAUUGAGGGCAGAAUUAUGGGCUUCGACGAGUACAUGAACAUGGUCUUGGACGACGCUGAGGAGGUGACACUCAAGAAGGACACACGCAAGGACAUUGGAAGGAUCCUCCUAAAAGGAGACUGCAUGACACUAAUCGCAGCUGCAAAGUGA